AGAAGCUGUGCAGAAUGUGUGGCCUUCCCACCUGCCUUCACUGAUUGGUUUAGUUUGAGGAAACAAAUCCCCGCCCCUCACAACUGAUUGGUUGAUUUAACAAUAAGAAGCCAAUCCUAUUUUUUUAUUUUUUUUACAUCAGAGUACUCAAGGAAACAAAGCCAAAAUAAUUACACACAAGGUGUUUCGAUGAGUUUGUCAUCUUGAGAGAGCUAGAGACAUUAGGUAUAGUCUGUCACUGCAUGUAUCAACGUGCAUGUGUAUGAGUUGGAAGUACUUCUUUUCUACCAUGACUGCGAAAUGCAGGAGAUUCUCACUGGACAGCUCUGUCAGCUGUCUGGAUGGAGUCGGACGCCUUGACGCAAGAAGAGGCAGCAGCAGGUUUAGCAGUAAGGAAUCCAAAAAGAGUCUGGACGAUGCCCGACUGGAGAUCCAGAAGUUAAAUCACAGCCUCAACUCCAACAUGCCCCUCAGGGAGCAGACCAUAGCUGAGCGCUCCAAUUGGCUACCCAACAAUAAUAGCUUCCGGAAGCACAAGAAAACCUUCCACAAGCUGUUCCAGGAGAUUCCUGAGGGGGAGAACCUGACACACACAUUCAUCUGUGCCUUGCAGAAGGAGGUGCUGUAUCAUGGGAAACUCUUUGUUUGUGAGAACUACGUGUGUUUCCACUCGUCAGUGCUGCUCAAAGACACCAAGGUGGUGAUUCCUGGCUCCAGCAUCAGAGGGGUGAAGAAACAUCACUCAGGCUUAUCCAUGUUGUCUAUUCAAACUGCUGAUGGAGAGAAGUACUCAUUUGUGUCUUUGAGGAACCGUGAGAUGUGUUAUGAACUCCUCCAAACUGUCUGUUCACAUGCACAGGAGGAGAGCGUCAACGGCAGCCCUCAUAUCUCCUCUGCAGAGAAUGAAGUCGAUCAUGAUGUGACCUCCAGUUAUUCCAGUUUGGAGGACAGCAUAGAUCAUGAUCUGAGCAGACAGAACAGCAUUUACCUUGACAACGGCCUCCCUCAGAUGUCCAGUGAAGGUCCUACAAGAUGCAGUUCCACCCGUCAAAACAGCUUAACAGACGAAGACGACAGAGGAGCGUCUGUAAGGUGGAUUCGGAGGAUCACUGAGAGGGUCGUACCGCUUUUCUUCCUCCGAGAAAUUAGGAAUCUCAGCUUUCUCGUUUACGUCUACAUGAUGCUGACGGUGUUGCUCCUGUUGGGGUCUGGGUACAUCGGGCUGAGGAUCUUAGCACUGGAGGAGCAGCUGGCUGAGUUGUCUUUACACCACAGAGAGUACCAACAAACGUAGCCAGUGGCAGGAGACUGUGACAAACAAAUCCUUUCAGGGACUCAUGCAGCGCGCCACUCUAUUAAGAUCCUGCAGUACAUUGAUCCCUGUCUAGACAGGCUCCCAAAAGCAUCUUAGCAGGCAGACUCGGCCCAUUUGACACACGCAGUACCUCUUAAGGUUGAAUUUACAAUAUUGUGCACAAAACAAGUUCGCUCACAGUAGAGAUUUGAUCUCCUGUGUUAGUGCCAUGUCUACGGAGGACGCAGGCCAGCAAUAAGAUGCUUUUGGGAUGUCUGAAACAGGCCACACGUGGUGAACUACACGGAUGACUGUCGGCAGGGAAGCACCAGGACAAUAUUAAUGUUACGAGCACGCUCAUUCUCUGCUGGGAGAUCAAAUAUUGAAGUGAGGAUCUCCUGCACUGAGCCAUAUGGAGGCAGCCUGCUGUUUAUUUCCUGGCCGGUAAACAGCUGGUUUUAAAUGAUUUGUGUGUUGUAAAAAUGAGGGUUCACAUUGUGUAAGUAAACUGCUGAACUCUAGUGGUGUUUUAAGAGUAAGACUGUUAAUGCCAAUAAUCAGCCAGCAGAGGGCAGUCACUCCCAUUAAAACUUCACAGUUCCAUUGAGGCACCAAGGCAGGAUUUCACCUGCACCUCAAAAACAUUCAAGCACUGACACUUCUUCAAAAUACAAAGGUUUUAAAACUUUUGCUAAUGCCCUUUUGUCAAAUCAAUCCUGUUAACAGAUUAUAGGGAAUGUGUGACUUCCAGCGUUUGUACCUUUGAGCCAACUGAUCUCCACGACUUUAAAACAAUGUGUGAAUUCUGCGUAUACUUGAAAAGUAUGUUUAAUGUGUGGUGUCAAAAACCCUGUAGUGAUACAUAAGGGAUAGUAUGUCUGCUCUAAUAUUGUGUGGAUUUAAAAGAAAUACACAGGUCAUGUUUAAAACUGAUAUUCGCCUAUGACAAACUUUAAUUUUUUUUUUUUAAAUGUCAGGAUUUCUAUAACUGUACAUUAUCUGCAUCUAUUCUAGCCAAUCUAGGAAGAGACUUUGUAUGAGUUUAUAUUAUUAUCCAAAACCCAACGUCACUGGUUUACAGAGUAAUUCAUCCCAAUGUUAAUCAUGUAUAUAUAAAUAUUGCUAUUUUUGUAUCACUGUCUAACAGAUCUUGUUAACUUAUGCACUGUACACAAAUACAAAGGUUGUUUUAAAAAAUAA